GUUUGAGUGAAAUCGGACAGAAAUGACAGAGCAUUCAUUUUGCAUUAAAGCAGUAAUACUUCCAAAUCUAUAAUAUUAAAUUCUUUGUAAAUUAGUUUGUUUAAAAAACAAUGCAAGAAUUUGUUUUGUGACAAAAAGUGUAAAGAAUUGAACAUUGAUUGACUGCAAGAUGGACAACCUAGCAAUGAGUCUCACUUCGGAACAGACUGAUAAGAUUCUCCAGUUUCAGGACCUGACGGGGAUCGACAACAUGACGGUGUGUCGUGACGUGCUGCAGCGGCACUCGUGGGACCUCGAGGUGGCCGUGCAAGACCAGCUGAACAUUCGUGAGGGUCGGCCAACUGUGUUCGCCUCCACCGAGAGUCAACCGCCCACUGUCUUCACUGACACGGUCGCGCAACAUGUGUUCAUAUCGCCGCCUUCCGCUUAUCGACGACUGUCGCAGUUCUCAACUGUCGAGGCUGUGCAAAAAUUAAAGAGUCCUCAACUGGCGCCUGGUGCAGGCGACAUUCCAAGACACUUUACCAGGAGACCUGGACUGUCGCAGUCCUCAACUGUCGGGGCUGAACAAAAACUAAAGAGUCCUCAUCUGUCGUCAUUUGCAGGUGACAUUCCAGGACUCUAUCAGGAGUUCUGGACUGUUGCAGUCCAACUGUUGCUUCUGCCUUUUAGAAGAGUCUUCAACUGUCAGUGUUCUCGUUUGACAUCGACCCGAUUCACUUCAAUGGGAGGUGGUACCUUCGGCUACGUGGUAUCUCUAGUCUUCCGGCUCUGCUUGACACAAUCAACUCUCUGCGCGGCUUACCUUAAACAUAUUCGGAGAAGGCGACCUCAGCGACAGGUGAACGAACCGGUGGGUGAUGUGAUGUCGUCAUCAAGUACUUUGAGAGCGGAGUUGCGCUUCCUCCUCGUAUAUCUGCACAAAGACAAUGAUGAAGAGUGCAACAAUUUCUGUCGGAACACCCUGUCUUCACCCGGCCUAGCCGAGUACAUCAACCGUAGCAUGCUGUUCUGGGCGUGCUCUGUGUCGUCGGGCGAGGGGCAACGUGUGGCUCAGGCCUUCCAGGAGAACACCUAUCCCUUUCUCGGCGUCAUCUGUCUCCGGGAACAUCGCAUGACUAUUGUCGGCAGAAUCCUGGGUAGUCUGGAGCCCCAAGUGCUUCUGCAUAAACUGCAGACAAUAUGCGUCGCAAAUGAAGCUUCAUUGGUGGCCGCUCGUGCCGAUAGGGUGGAGCGUAACUUCAACCAGACACUGCGUCGUCAACAGGAUGAGGCCUACGAGGCGUCUCUGCGCGCCGACCAGCAAAAGGAGCAGAUGAAGCGGGCGGAGGCGGACAAAGCGGAGGCGGAGCGGAGGCGGCAGUUGGAGGCCGAAGAGGAUGAGCGGAGGCGGAAGGAGGAGUUGCAGCAACGUAAAGUGGAUCUGUUGAGUCGUAUUCCCGUGGAGCCAGCUGCCUCAGAUGCGGACACCGUUUGUGUCGUGUUCAAACUGCCCAACGGCCAACGGCUGGAGCGUCGCUUCACUAGUACCACCACGCUACAGGACGUGUUCAACUUUGUGUUCUGCCACCCGGCGUCUCCGGACGAGUUCGAGAUAGCCACCAACUUUCCGAAGCGGGUGCUGACCUGUCAGGGCGCCGGUGCGCUCACUACGCUCGCCGACGCCGGUCUCAAGAAGAGUCAGGUGCUGUUUGUCUACGAUCUGGAGGCGUGAGAACUGUCUCAAAGGUUUUCAAAAAUAUCGAAUAAUGUGGAUGGUGUGUGUGAGUGAGCGUCGAAAAAAUAUUAAUAAUGUGUGAUCGUAUUCAUAAAUGUGGUUGUAAAAAUUUGUGACAACUUCAGAGUAAUGAGAACUGCGCAGGCUUGUAAUUCGUGAGACAACUUGAAGCAAGAAGUGUGAGAACUGCGCAGGCUUCUCUGAAAGGUUUAUAAAAAUAUCAAAUUUGGUUGGUUUGUGUGAACGUCGCAAAAAUAUCAAAUAUUGUGAAUGGUUUGUGUAAAUUGCAUUCAUGUGGUUGUAAAAAUUCGUGUCAACUUCGGAGCAAGGUCUAGACACCAAUGUUACUUAUUAAUAAUACCUUCAAUAUAUACCGGUGUUUCAAAAAGAAUGACCCUACUUUAGACAGUUAUAUUUAUUUCAAAAAAAAAAAUGGUGUGCACACACCAAUUUUACAUCA